UCCUGCAAAGUCUUUCUUUCUAAAACCUGGUUCUUUAAGGUUACCUGGUUGAGUUACAACUCUAGUUUCUCUUUGUUUUUUUUCUUCUUCUAGGGUUUACUAUUAGAAUAGUUUCCACAGAUCGAAAUCUCCCAAAAGAAAAAAAAAAAAAAAAAAGAAUGAUGCAGCAGCAAGUAACAAACAGUUCUGAUCCACAACAGCAGCAGCAACAGCAACAACCACAGCAAUGGAUACAUCCAAUGCAAUAUCCUGGUGGUGCUGCAGCAAUGGUGAUGCCUCAUCAUCCUCAUCAGAUGAUACCUCAACAUUAUCCGCCGCAUUUUAUGGGGUUUCCUCAUCAACAGCAACAUCAGCAACAACAACAUAUUGAAGGAUCUUCUUCAGAAGAGAAUAAAACAAUUUGGGUUGGUGACCUUCAUUAUUGGAUGGAUGAGAGUUAUCUUCAAGCUUGUUUUGGUCAUACUGGAGAGGUUCUCAAUAUUAAGGUAAUUCGUAAUAAGCAGACUUCAAUGUCAGAGGGAUAUGGAUUUGUUGAAUUCGCUACCCGUGCCAUGGCUGAAAAGGUGUUGCAGGAAUUCAAUGGCAUAUCAAUGUUGAAUGCAGAACAGCCCUUCCGCCUGAACUGGGCUUCCUUUAGCAUGGGUGACAAGCGUUCAGAUGCAGGUUCUGACAAGUCUAUAUUUGUUGGUGAUUUGGCUUCAGAUGUUACUGAUACAGUAUUGCAGGAAACUUUUGCCUCUAGAUACACAUCUGUAAAAGGAGCAAAAGUUGUUAUUGAUGCAAAUACUGGUCGGUCGAAAGGUUACGGGUUUGUGAGGUUUGGUGAUGAUAGUGAGAUGUCACGUGCUAUGACUGAGAUGAACGGUGUGUAUUGUUCAAGUAGAGCCAUGCGCAUAGGUCCAGCAACCCCAAGGAAAUCAGCUGCUUAUCAACAGCAACAGUCUUCACAAGGUGGUUAUGCUUCAAAUGGUGCAUCAGCCCAUGAUGGUGAUUCUACUAACACCACGAUAUUUGUUGGGGGGCUUGAUUCCACCAUCACCGAUGAUGACCUAAAGCAAACCUUUUCUCAGUAUGGUGAGAUUACAUCUGUUAAGAUACCUCUUGGUAAAGGAUGUGGAUUUGUCCAAUUCGCUAACAGAAACAAUGCCGAGGAAGCAUUGGCGAAGUUGCAAGGAACAACCAUUGGCAAGCAGACUGUUCGUCUUUCUUGGGGUCGCAAUCCAGCAAACAAGCAGAGAGCUGAUCCUAGUGGCCAGUGGGGUGCACCAGCAUACGGGGCAUAUCCAGUGUAUGACUACGGUUAUGGUGGACCUGUUGCUCAGGACCCAAUGUAUGCCGCUGCAGCAUAUGGGGCAUAUCCAGUGUAUGGCAACCAACAACAAGUAAGCUGAGGAAACAAAUAGAGUAGAUAAGAGUGAGUUGUGAUUGCGGAAGGUGGUGGUCAUUCAACAAGACCACUCCAAGUGGAUUUAUCUACAAGAUGAUUAGCUAUAUUAGCUAUAAUAUCUAGCUUGUUGAGUGUUGUUGGAGCACCUUGAAGGUAAUACUCUCAUGGUGUCUAUAAUCGAAUUUUGACUCAUCUUUGGCCCCUGGGUUAUUGUUAGGAUUUUAUUAAAACCUUAUCUGAAUUUUAAGAGCUUGGCUGAGAAAUAUUGUGUCCUUUCUUUUUUGUCUGUGUAGUUUUUAUAUGUUCGGUUAAUAAUGCAUAUAAAGCAGCUGCAGAAAGGCAGCCAGUGUGGUUAGCUGA